CUUGAAUUCGCCAUAUACAAGUAUUAUUCAACGGAUAUACCAACAGAGACCAGAGACACGCUACAGCAAGAUGCCAAGAUGCCAGUUCCAGAACCCAAAAGCGAGGUAAUAAAACUCAUUUCGGAGGAGAUGAUUGCGUCAGCAAAAGCAUUUGCAAAAAAGAAUGAAGAUUUACGAAAGAACUUUCCUUCUCUGUCCGCCAAGAAUGAGAUGCAAGUACCAUACUCAUGGUGGUACCACUACCGCGACCAUCGAAACAUAAUUAAUGAUCUACCAAAACCCCAGGCGGAGCUCAUCCACCUUCUGACUAAGUGGAUAGAUGACAGUUACAGUGAGCUCUACAGCCGAGUUGACAGCCAAUUCAGGCGCGGAAUGGUCUCCGCUGCAUCUAUGAGUUUCUUGAUCCAGCCUAAUGACGUUUUGGUCCGCAGAGAUGCGGAGGGUGUUGAAGCUUUUUUGGCAACGUCAUGGUUACAUGAGGAGAAAAGAAGCUCUGAGAUACAAGAGACUUUGGGAGAUCCAGAGUGCACUCUCUUAUCAGUGCCGUGGUCGAAGAAAUCCCAGUGGAAGUGGGAAGUUGACGCGUGGUCAUAUGUCUACAAUGGUGUUUUUUAUCGGAUGAUGAGAAAACUCAUUAUAAAUAUUGACGCGGAGACAACUGAUACAGAAAUCCCGAUUGUGAACUUGGAUGUGUUUCCGCUCCGCUUCGCCUCACGAGAGUUACAAGAAACGCUGAGACGACGAGGCAAGACAUUCUGGAGUUGCCGACAUGGCAGCUACAUCUCAUACGACAGUAAAACCAAGACCGAGGACUCUACACUGGGACAGCGCUACAUGGUAGACUGCCGAACAUACAACAAUUUACAUCUUGAAUCUCUGCUCGGUCAGGAUGUACCGCGCAAAGAAGAUACAUUAACACGCGAAUUCAAGGUUGAAUCGGCCUUUAUACAGCAAGAGGAGGCUCCAUUGGAGCCUGAUGUGUUUCUUUUCCCUCGCACACUUAUUGGCUACGACCUGCAACGAGAGAAAUGGGAUCACCUCGACGUCGAUCUAAUCAAAGAAGUAGCCUGGAAUAAGAAAGCAUUCAGUCAUCUCGUCGCAGAAGCCGAGAUAAAGGAAGUAGUCCAGGCUCUCGUCACAACAAAGAUUGCUACAGAAAGAGGAACAAGCUUGAUGCAGAGCAAAGGCAAUGGGCUCAUCAUGCUCCUGCACGGAGGUCCCGGAACAGGAAAGACAUUCACGGCCGAGAGCGUGGCAGAAUUGGCCGAGAAACCUCUCUUACCCGUGGCAUGUGGCAAGAUUAGCACCACGCCCAAGUAUCUGGAAUCAAUGCUCCACCUUGCGAAAACUUGGGGAUGUGUAGUUCUGUUGGAGGAUGCAGAGGUUUUUCUAGAGCGGCGCUCUGUGGACAACAUGGCACACAAUGCUCUCAUCUCGGACUUCAUACGCGAAAUCGAAUCCUUUGACGGCAUCCUCAUCUUGACGUCAAAGAGCAUCCGCAAUCUUGAUAAGGCUUUCAAGUCACGCAUACGGGUAUCUCUCCACUAUGAGCCACUGACCCAACCACGACGGGCACAGGUUUGGCGGAAUUUUUUGAGCCAUCUUAGCUCCCUGGGUGAGAACAGCAUUGACUUUGAUGACAUCGAGAGUCAUAUAGGUGAGCUUUCAGAGCGAGAGAUGAACGGACAUCAGAUCUGCAGUGCCAUUACCACCGCGAGGCAGCUGGCUCAGUUCCAGGGCAAUACCAUGACCAUCGGCCACUUGAUAUAUGCUAUCGGCAUUACUGACAAGUUU